AUGCUUGUCGUCCGUCUACUGCCACCCAGUGACGCUAUCUGCGAUCAAAAGGGCAUCAUCUUCUCGCCUUUGCAGGGCGCGAUCCAAUAUGAUUGGCUCAAUUACGGCGAUAUGUGGACACAGGGUCUGAAGUAUCGCACUCCAGUCAAUACAUCCGUGUCGGAGGAAACAAACGAGGCCUGGUUGGAGCUCCUGACCGACGUCGAUCUUAGUGUCCCAGAGCAUGUCCUCGAUGCUCUUGGCCAAAAAACAGACUAUCGUUGGAGAGCUCAUCCAUCAGGCGGGUAUGCUGCAAAACUCGGAGGGUUCCAUCAGAUGGCUUGCCUGAACGAGAUUCGUCAGCAUGUCAAGGCUGAUCUGGACAACCCAAAGCGCAUUGAGAAGCGACAGAUCGUAGACAACUGUCUCGAGUUGCUACGCCAAAAGUUCAUGUGUGACAUGGAUGCCACGCCCUACCUAUUGAAGUACGAUAAGAAGGCUGUUCGAGGCGAUGUGCCAGACAUGGACACAUUACACAAAUGUCGAGACUACGGCAAGCUCAGAACUCUGGUUCAAAACUCUGAUCAUACAAAAUAUGUUUGA